CAAAAUUUGCAUUUAUUGCUCUUUUUCCUUUCCAUCUUCUAUUAAUGAAUCUCCAUCUCUUUUGUUCUCAUUUCAUCUCAUAUUAUAAUAAUAGUCUCAGCAGCUUUUGACAAGAAAUAAAUUAAACAUACUAUCUACUUCAAUUCAACAUACUUCUGCAGGCCUAGGAGCAAUAUAAUGGCAGUCAUUUCCCAUCUUGGAGCUCUCAUUGUUUUUCUCUCAUUCCUUUCCUUGUUCCAUGAUUCAAGGGCUGCUAGGUUUUUAGGUGUCAUCAACCAUCAGCCUGCUGCAGAAAAAAGAUUCCACCUUCAAAGCCAGCAUACAACAACAGAAGAGAGACUGGACCAUAAUGGAGCUAAUAUUGGAAAGGAAAGCGCUAAAGAAAUUAUUGGUGAGCACCUUCACCAUGAAGAGGAGAAGGGCAAGAUCAUCAACAAUAAAUAUGGGGUUGCUGGUUCAUCUUCAAAAGCUUCAUCAGUUGUGAGUAAUUUGACGGAUAAAACCGUGAAGACGAAGAAGAAGGAGAAGAAGAAGGAAGAGGGGAAGGGAGAUGAAGUGAUAACAGAGGCUGCAGUCUUCAAUUUGGAUUAUUUACCGCCAAAAACACACCCUCCUAUUCACAACUGAUGGAGUAAUUAACUUAUUAACUGCAUGAUAAUGAGAGAGAUGAGAUCGGCGGUCAGUCGGUCGGUCAUCCAUGCAUGCAAAAAAUACGUAAUUAACUCAUUAAUUAGUAGGCUCUAAUUAACCGACUAAUACUAAAGCAAAAAAAGAGACUAAUACUGAUAUACUAUCUAUAUGGUGAAUAUUACUCCGCAUAAUAUUCAUUACACAAUUACACAUACUAAUUUUCUUCUCUUUUUUGUACUUUGAGGGACCAUAUAUAAGUAUAGUUUAGCAACAAUAUAUUAUAUGCAUUCCAAUUUUUAAAGCAAUUUAACCCCUUUGUAAAGCUUUCAGCAUACACCAUGCCGAUCCGGCACAGGAGUUUUUGCUAUAUAAUCCCUCUUUUUUGUAUGUACGAUCGAGUUAAUAACUCUUUUGAUCUAUAGUGAAUGACAUGCGAUUCUGAUA